AGACUUGAAGCGAAGUGAUUCAAGUGAAGCAACAACAAACAAACACUGUGAUUCAGGCAUUUACAUUGUUUGACAAACAUGCUUUCUAGGUCAGAUUUCAAUUUCCCAAUUUAUCUCUCUUUCUCUUCAUUUUUCAUUCAUUCUCUGUAACUCUCAACAUUCCAUUAUCAAUUUACAAAUUGAUGUUUGUUUCUAUGGCCGUAAAGCUUCAAUCUUUAACACACCACACUCGAUUCCUCAAAUGGGUUUAUCUAUCUUCAACCAGUAGUAUUCAACCUAUUUCACAAACCAUUGAAAUUGUAAACCCCAAUUAUGAUUUCGACCAAAAUAUUAACUUUUUGAGGAAUAAGCUUGCCCCAGAUAAUUUAAUCCAAGUUUUGAACCGUACAAGUGAUUUAAACUCAGCACUGAAGAUUUUCAAAUGGGCUUCAAUACAGAAGAGUUUCCACCAUACUUCUAGUACAUAUUUUGAGAUCAUUUUGAAACUGGGUUUAGCUGGAAAUGUUGUAGAGAUGGAGGAUUUUUGUCAUAAUAUGGUGAAGAACAGGUUUCCAGGUGCUGAAGUAGCUCUUGUAUCAUUGAUUCAUACGUUUGUUGAGCAUUGUAGAAUUAAAGAAGCGAUGAUAGUUUUAGCGAAUAUGAAUUCGGGGGGUUAUAAGCCCCCGGUUGAGGUUUUUAAUGCUUUGUUAUGUGCUAUUGUGGAGCAAGAAAGUAGAGAUUUUCAAAAUGCUUUGUUUGUUUAUAAAGAGAUGGUGAAGGCAGGAGUGUUACCUACGGUCGAUACUUUGAAUUAUUUGUUGGAGAUAUUGUUUAUGAUUGAUCGGGUUGACCUUGCUUUGGAUCAAUUUAGAAGAAUGGAGAAUAAAGGAUGUAGUCCAAAUAGUAAGACCUUUGAGAUACUUGUAAAGGGUCUGAUCGAAAACGGUCGAGUUGACGAAGCUGUUACUGUUUUAGAGCAAAUGCUCGAACUCGAAUGUCAACCGGAUUUGAGCUUUUAUUCCUCCACCAUACCUCUUUUUUGUAGGGAAAAUAAAUUAGAGGAGGGAGUGAAGUUGUUUAGAAGGAUGAAAGAUUCUGAUCUCAUGCCGGAUUCGUCUGUUUAUGAGGCUCUAAUACCGUGCUUGUGCAAAAACUUGCAGAUGGAUUUUUCGGUGUACCUGAUAAAUGAAAUGAUAGGAAGUGGUAUACAACUGAAUGAAAAUGUGUCUGUUCAUAUGAUAAAUUGCUAUUGUGAAUUGGGGAAAAUAGACGAGGCUAUAGUGUUUUUAGAGGAUAAGCAAGUUAAUGAAACUGCUCCUUUCAAUGCAUUGCUCGAAGGUUGCUGCAAUGCUGGUAAAAUUCUCGUAGCAAAUGUUCUUUUGGAAAAAAUGUCGGAGAGAUAUGUAGCUGAUUGUUUAUCUUGGAAUAUUCUCAUUAGAUGGCUUUGUGAGAACAAAGAGACUGAGAGAGCAUAUGCACUUCUUGGAAGAAUGAUCAAGUUCUCGAUUUUUCCUGACUAUGCAACAUAUUCAGCUCUUGUGGUUGGCAACUGUAGAUUGAGAAAGUAUGAUGAAGGAAUGAAACUAUUUCGUCGAAUUUGUGCAAGAUGUUGGAGUUUAGAUAUCGCCUCUUAUUCUGAACUAGUAGAUGGACUAUGUGAGGUCAACCAUUCUCAAUAUGCCAUUGAAGUGUUUUACUAUAUGUCGACGAAGCAAUGCUCUCUUCAUUCCCUCUCCUUCAACAAGUUGAUAAAAUGUGUAUGUGACUCGGGACAGGUCAACAUAGCGGUAAAACUAUGGCAAUUAGCUUAUUAUUGUGGUAUUUCUUGCUGUAAUGUCACACAAACUACUCUCUUGCACGAGUUGUCUAAAUUAGAUAAUGCAAAAAAUCUGUCAGCGUUCCUCUCACAAAUGUUGAUUGUUGGAGGCAUUCUUGACAAAGAAGCAUAUUGUAUCCUUAUCCGUGGCAUGAUUAAACAAAAUCUAGUAAAGGAAUGUGUUUUGUUUUUCAAUAUGAUGGUCAAUGAUGGUUUGGUACCUGAUCCAGACGAACUAUUUGAUCAACUUUCAUUCAUAGCAAAUCAUUCUCGGUUAUCUAUGAUUCCUAGUACCAUUGAAAAAAUUUCCGACAGCAAAAAAUUGAGUUCGGAUGUAUAUAACUUACUGAUAACUGGCCUGUGGAAAGAGGGUAAGGAACACGAGGCACAGCGAUUACUUGAUAUGAUGCUAAAAGAGGGCUGGCUUCCUGAUACGGCCACUCAUAAAUUAUUGAUUGGAUCUAAUGUUAGAGAAGGAAGAAGUCAAGCAACAUUGUUGUUUGAUGAUUCUGAUUCUGAUUCUGUCAGCGAUAUACUUGCAGAAGGCCUUGGAGAUUCAUGAAACUUCAGCAUUCCAUGAAAGGAAUCUUAUUGCUUAGCAUGCGAGUUUCAUAUUGCGGCUUUGUCCAACAGGGAUUAUAUAUUCAUCAAGUCUUAUAGCAAUUAAAACUGCUGGUAAGAUGCUAGUUUUAUCGAUCUUAGUUGCCAUGUUACACUAGAUGACUUUCAUUCUUUUAUAUUCAUGAUAGCGUUACAAUGCUACCAACUGAGUUAAAACAAAAUUCCCCAAGCUGUCCUGAAAGCAGAUGACUAAUCCCAUGCAUGCUACAGCACUUAGCAGAAUACAAGUUGCAUUUCAGCUUUGUUUGGCUCCAGUUUAGACCAGAUCAAGGAAGGAGAAGGGCGAUGAUUACCAGGUUUAUGCAAAUAGGCUGCCGCACUGUUGUCCCUUCUGAAAUCUCCCAUGAUCUAUGAUGCGAGAGCUUCUACAUGAGUUGGAUGUGGUUGCUUUCCUUCCCACAAAUGUUUAUUAAGGCUUCUCUAAAUUCACCACAAUAUGGUAGCAAAGAGAUCUACAGCUUCUGCACUUGCAGUAGAACAGAACUUGUAAAGCGCAGUAGCAAAGCAAAUUGCACUUGAGAAAGAAUUAGGUCAAGCUCCUUCCAGCAAUUUAGUACGCGUUGGAAGGCAAUUACGAGCAUCUCUCCAGCAAAAAGUUCUUACUUUAGGUGGAAAUGAAGUUCGAGUCACCUUCCAUGAAGUCUGCAUGCAUAUUCUUGGUUUUUGACUCAAGAAUGUAUGUUAGCAUAGCACGUCCUGCAGUCGUUGUCAUAUUAAAGUAUGACGCCCUCUAGUGUGAGGGGUACAUCUUGGGAAAAUUUGGAGCUACAACUUUAGAUUGAAAUAUUAACAAUAGGAGUAAGAGUUUCUCCCAAGACAUGUGAUAGACAAAGGGGCAUGGCUGUUUCUAGAGUUGGUGUUGCUGGGAAAUUCUGAGUAAGAGUGCUGCACAUUUGAUCUUUUUCCUAGUUUAUACAUGAGGCAUUUCGUGUAUCAAUUCCAUUCCCUUGUAAAGCCUCCGACCUAAUGUGAUUAUGCAAUUUUAUGUACUUUAAAUGCCUGGCUGUAAUUAGGUUUGAGCUUAUUUUUGUAUCAGAUGUUAGUCCAGUUUUAUACUUCUUCAUGUUCAUUUUCUUUGACUAUAAGGUGUCAAAUAAGACUAUGGUUAUCUGAGAUUUGAAUAACUGUAAUUGCUCUGAUUAUCGUUAUCAUUUU